CUUCAAGUAACGGAUAAAAUAUGAAAGUACAUGAAUGCUAUUCGACAUUUCUACAGAACCACCAUGUUACUAUUUUUGGCGUUAUGUAUAAGCUCCAUGACACAGGGUAUAGGGACUGUAGCCUACCAUAUUUCACGAUUUCGCCUAAAUUUGAAUAGCUACUGUCUGUUCUGUUGAAUCAUGUUUAAUCAAUGAUUCACGCGAACAGGAAUGUGAAGGAACUGUACGAACAUUGUGAACUGAAACCAGAAUAGAUAUUUUAUUGUUUUUUAACUAUUUCCGUCUUGACAAGGGUGUUGCCCAACAUUUUCACUUUCACUUUCUCUUUCUCCCGUGUACGUGAAAAUGGUAAGUGCUCCUGCUACUUUUAAAACGAAUCCAGAAGAAAAAUAUUCGAUAACUUUCAAGACAAACAUUUGAUACAACUAUCUACGUGUGUUUAAAACAUUGUACUGUAGAUAGCCAUGCAUUUGUAUCAAUUACAGUAGAAAAGCCAUCGGUUUUGAGUAAGCAUUCUUUGGCCUAUAUGCAACUUCCCUUAAUCGAGGCAAAUAUACAGUAGUAGUUUGUUUGUUAAAUAUCACAGUUUUAAAACAAGCCUUGUCCUUUUUUGGUGAUAUUAACAUUACUUAAUGUUUAACACUUAAGGCUUAAUGUCUAUACUUUGAUUGCCCUUGUGUUAAAGAACAGUAGAUUUUUUCUAGUGAAAUAAAAGUUUUGUUCCCUAAUGGAAUUUCUUAUUUUACAGCCGAAUUAAUAUUUGAACAUGACUAAUGCAAAUGCAAAGCUUCUAUGAUGGAUGGGCAUUGAGCAAUGGGAACUAAAACACAGUUUGGCACUGGUGAUGACUUUGGCAGAGAGGGCAGAGGAAUAUCGUCAGGUGAACGACAGUUUCAGACACAAUGCCUUCAAGUUCAUUGAGUUGAUGUUGACUUCUGGAUGUCACGAAAUAUAUGUUAAUGAGAUACUUCAUAGCAUCUUUUUCUUGGGCCACAUUUUGCACCUCGAGGCUUUUCAUACCUUGCAAACCAAUGUGCCAGAGUUCACUCCAGAAGGUAUUUUGGGUGAGAUGUAUGAAGAAGUUCAAGAGUUGUUCAGAGAACCCUUUGACUGUUACCAAACACAGCUGCCCAAGCGGACCCCAUUCUCUUGUGUUCUUGAUAUGGUUGUUCACAGAUGUGGGGAACACAAUGAGCAGCAAAUAGUGAGACAGUUGAGUGAGCUGGUCCAAGGAUUGGAACUGAGGGAGAGAUACAAGUUGACUUCCUCCACCAUCUGUGUCUCUAAGUACGGGAGAUACACGUACUACGGAGCAUCCAUGUCCACCGAAGGAAGGACCGCAGGUAGAAUCAUGAUAGCAGUGUCCUGUCUACAUACCUGGCACAAAUCUGUGUCCGAUGCUGUGAUGUCCUACUUCCCAGGAAAGCAAAAGAGGAAUGAUUUUGAUGGCACCUUACAGCUCCCUGACUAUGUCCAUUGUCAGGCUUACAGCCUCAGGGACAGAGAGGGUAUACCUCCCUGCUUCUCCUGUAGUAACCUGUUUGGUCUGACGACCACAGACAAAAGGCAGUUUGUCUAUGGGAAUUGCGCCGAGGCAGAGAGUGUAAGCAGACUACUGUCAGACGAGCAGGAGGUUGCCUAUGUGAUUGCCAGGCAGGUGGAAGCAUCACCCUUAUACAACUCUGGAAAGAGGGAACAUGUGGCGAGGCAAGUUAAGAGGUACCUGGAGGAUGUAAAAUUCCCUAAUGUACCUCAAGGGGUUCACAUUUUAAACGACUUCAUGCAUGCUGGGGAUUUUGUUUACUAUAACCCUAACUGGUAGGGAUGAGUAUUGAUAAGAUUUGAACAAUUCCAAUUCCUUAUCAAGUCCUGCUUAGCGAUUCAAUUCCUUAUCGAUUCUCUUAUCGAUUCUCCCCUCUACAGGCAACUGGGUCUGUGCAUCCUGCACCCCCCCCCCCCCCCCCCCCCCACACACACACACACACUCGUUCUAAACACAUUUUCUAAACAAACUGGCUUUGACUGGUUCUGAAAUGAGCUAAUAUCUACCACCUCUAGGCCUCUUCAGUAGCCUGACGUUGUCAUAUUCAUAAUUCUAGUCAGAAUAUGAGUCUGAAAACUCUUCGUUGGGCUGUGACUAUGGGGCGUGUGUCAACCGAGCUCGUAAAACAAAUGCCUCUUCGCUCAAUUGGAUAGACCUACAACCAAUCAGAGCAACGUAAUAUCUUGUUUGUUGAAAAUGAAUUCAACCCAAGCGCUCUUUGGUGACAUUGUUGAUUACGUUACUGUUGAUCAUCUGUCCAUCAUCGUAUAAAGCCCGCCCUGACAAUUUAAUUGGUCCGAACAGCUCCUGUUCGGAUAUAGUUUUUCCGCAAUCGAGCCCCUCCAGACCCAACUUCCCGACCGAAUUUUCUUCCCUACUAUCUAGGAAUUACUAUAUCCUUAGGAAUGCUUAUGAUGAAUGCUGUACUGUUGAAAUUCUGAAGAAAUUCUGAAUGACAAGUACAUUAGUUGGCAUUUCAUUGUAACUUGUUGUAACUUGUUACUUGUUUUAGUAAACUGCACAUAAUUAAAUACCUAUAUGAACAUAUUUUAUUCAACUGUAACCAAUGAUUGAUUUAAGCACUGUAAAUGUAAUCAUAAAGUUCUGUUGAAGGCUUUGGUAUGCUGAAACAAUAAAUGUAAGCAAUAAAAUGGCUAUAAAUAA